AUUUCCUACGAAACUCGGCAGUUACAUUCAAAUACCUCUAACUUAGUCUACUUGAUCAAUGAAAUUGUGCCAUUUCGUACCAUCCGAGUAUCGCAAUAAACAUAACAAUGCAAUUCAUGCAACAAUAGAACUGCAAAGAUUAGCUACGAAAUACGAAAUUGCUAUACUUUCUAUUCAGAGAUUUCCUUUUUCCGACUCAAAAUCUCUCAAUAUAACACCACAAUUGAAUGCUAUUAAGGAAAAGGAAGUCAGAAUAAUAAUUCUUUAUUGUGAUAUAACGAUAAGUAAAACUGUUAUAAACCAAGCUGAUCGCAUGAACAUGUUUCGUUCUGGAUGGACCUGGCUCGUCAUGGAUAGCAUUACAUCACACAGUUUUGAAUACUUAUCAAACGAUGACGGAUACGUACCAUCUUCUUUAGUCGGAUUAAUAGGAACGGCAUUUGUGGUUCCCGACACUAUUUUAUAUUUUAAAUUAGUGAAUCAAUUAAAAAAGAAAAGUUUAGGAAAUCAAUUAGAGAAUGAGCAAGCUUUCACUCGUGUGUAUGAUGCAGUGUUAGCAAUUGCCAACGGACUUCACAAAAUUCUUUACGAAGAGAAAGUAUCUUUCGANUAA